GGAUGGAAGAGAGAGAGAGAGAGUGUGUAAGGGGGAGGGGUGGUGAUGCAGAGCUCCUUUCGAUUCAUCAUUGUUAAUUCCUAAGCACUUCCCUCCUCCUCCUCCUCCCUCCCUCCCCCCCAAAAAAAAUUAAAUCAUAUAUCCGUCUAUACAUUCAACGGACACUUACACUACAAUACAACAUCCAGAUGUCUGUACAAGGAGCAACACAAUAGGGUGACAACGACGACGACGACAUUGGUAACGGAAUUCGGAAACUUGACGUGCGUGCGUGCGAGCGAGGCACAAAGGGAAGACCAGGAAAACAACAGCAGCAGCAGCAAGCAAGCAAGGUCGGGAAUCGGAAAACGACCGCGGAGUUUUGCAGCAUGCCGCGCGCCUAGACUAUGACCUGCAGCUGUGCUCGCAGUGCGCUGGACUCGAGCGGGCGUCCUCUGCAGAGCUGCGUCGUGGCAACAUGAGCACUACGGGGAGGAGGAUGAUGAAGGUGGUGGUGGUGGUGGUGGCCGUGAUGGUGAUGAUGAUGACCGCAGUGGUGAGCGCUGCCCGGGCGGAAACGUCGACGGCGGGACCGACGGGCCGAGGCGGGAGCCAGUGUCAGGGAGCUUUCGAUCUCUACCUCGUCUUGGACAAGUCUGGGAGCAUUCAACACCACUGGGGUGACAUCUACCACUUUGUGGAAAAAUUGGCAGAGAAAUUUGUAAGCCCCCAGCUGAGGAUGUCCUUCAUUGUUUUCUCCACCCAUGGGACUGUGGUCAUGCCCCUAACAGGAAACAGGGAGAAAAUACAGCUGGGCUUGGAGGAGCUGAACCAGGUGCAGAUCGGAGGAGACACCUGCAUGCAUGAGGGGUUUGCUCGCGCGAGCGAGCAGAUACAACAAGAGUUUUAUUACGGCGAAAAGGCUGCCAGCAUAAUCAUCGCGCUCACUGACGGGGAGCUCACGGAAUAUUUUUUCUCCUAUGCAGAAAGAGCGGCCGAUCUGGCUCGGCAACAAGGAGCCAUGGUCUACUGUGUGGGCGUCAAGAACUUUAACUACACGCAGUUGGCCCGUAUUGCAGACACCAAGGAGCACGUCUUCCCGGUGCAGGGAGGCUUCCAGGCUUUGCGAGGAAUCAUCGACUCGAUUCUGAAGAAGUCGUGCACCGAGAUCUUGUUGGCAGAACCUUCGAGCGUCUGCGCUGGAGAGUCGUUCCAAGUGGUCGUCAGGGGCAAUGGAUUUUCCCAUUCGAGGAACACGGAGCAGGUCCUGUGCAGCUUCAAGAUUAACGACUCCGUCACCAUCACGGAAAAGCCCCUGGAGCUACAAGACAGCUACCUCUUGUGUCCCGCGCCGACCUUGCAAGAUACCGGAGAGCAGGUUUUCCUCCAAGUGAGCAUGAACGAUGGCCUGACCUUCAUUUCCAGUUCAGUUACCAUCACAGCCACCCACUGCUCGGACGGAACCAUUCUGGCUAUCGCCUUGCUCAUCAUCUUUCUCCUGCUGGCCCUGGCCAUCUUCUGGUGGUUUUGGCCGCUGUGCUGCACCUUGGUCAUUAAAGAUCCACCGCCACCACCAGCGAUCGUCGAGGACUCGUCAGAUGAUGAAAUGCCCAAGAAGAAGUGGCCAACGGUGGACGCGUCUUAUUACGGGGGCCGUGGAGUUGGAGGCAUUAAGAGAAUGGAGGUGCGCUGGGGGGAUAAGGGCUCCACCGAGGAGGGCGCCAAGCUGGAGAAACCCAAGAACGCCGUCAUCAAGCUCCCCGAGGAGGAGUUCGAGCCGCUCCGAACGGGCCCCAGCAAACCCAAGCACCAACGGCAGCCGCCACGCAAGUGGUACACUCCCAUCAAGGGGAAGCUCGAUGCCAUCUGGGUGCUUUUACGGCGCGGCUACGAUCGGGUGUCUCUCAUGAGACCGCAGCAGGGAGACAAGCCCUUCUUGCCACCCUGAGGUUAUUUUCGGGCUUUCCCAUUACCAUGAUUCCCGCAUUUGGCUCGGAUGAGCGCCGAGGCUGGGACGAUGGUGGAGGCUGUCAGAGGGUUCGCACGUGAAUUCCCCAACCGCUCGUGACGUGCCGCCCGGGAUGUGUCCAGCAGUGGGAUUAAUGCCUAUCCCAUGUGACAAGUGUCGGCUCCUAAAACCGUGAGCAAUUAAGGCCAAGCCCUCUCUGCUGCUGUUGAUGCACGUUGUUUGCUGACCUCUCCAAAGUAAAUGGCCGGACCAGGGGUCAAUCAUUACAAAUUAUAACAACUGCAAAUUUGUGAUGGAUUGUGGUCGCAUUGUAAUUGGAAAUGUACAUUACUGUUUGUAAUUGUCGUUAUAAUUGUCCCUGGGGACUGGUAAUGGCGCUUCAUUAACACCAUGUAUCUGUCCAGUCGCUUUGUGUGUCUGAAAUUUGUGGCACAGGCCUGAGAUAUUGAUGAUUUUGGAGGUUGGUGUGGUGUUGCUGUGCAGAUGUCGUUGUGUGCGAGACCCCCAUCCUACAGGGACUGUGAAAUGGCCCGUGGAAGGGAAAGAUAUGAAGUAGGUUGCCGAGCUCGCUGUAGAUAGUUGAAUCUUAACUUCGUUGUAGAUGUAGGUUUUUUCCCUCUGUUUCUUUCCACGUGGAAAAAUACUCAAAUUGUUCAAACGUUCCAAUGCUGCAGGAUCCUUGUGACGAGGAAUCUUGACUCGGCGAGGCCUUGCUAAGUAAAUACAUCUCAUGAAAUAUAUUGCAGCGACGUGGUGGGCAGUAGAUGGCAGUGCGGAAAAAAAAAUACAUUGUUGUACCGUACUGAUAUGCUCCCGCAACUUUGCUUUCUUGCUUCACUAACCCACACUGACCGGAAUGAUGGCGUAUAAUAAAGUAAUCCCCCGCCACAGCCUUCAUAGUUUAGGGAGACCCUCAUCCAGCAGUACAUUGACAAAAUGGGCUGUACAUGUACACAUGUAAAAAUAUAUUUGGAUUAUUGUCACCUGGUGAACUGUUCCCUUUAGAGAAAGAAAGGGCGUCAUCUGGUGUUAAACUAUUGAGUCAACUCCAGAAGUAAUUCUGUGUUCCCAUUUUCUGAGCUCGUUUUCAGACACGAUGGACAAGUUCCAGUAAGAGUCUUCUCAUCAUCCAAUGGCGACAUUACUGUACUCCCAUCACAGUACAAUCGAGACGUCAUCGGUGAUAUAAUUGUCCCUUGACAUCCAAACUUAUUUCCCCAAAUCCACGAGCGAUUAGAUCUCGGGCCCAAACUCUGCAAAGAACCACGCCGUCAGCACCGAUGUUGCUGCUCGUCUCGAAGGGCAGUGAUGGCUCCACGCAAGAGCAUGUGUGUUGGUGGUUUAGUCAAACUGCGGGACACAUGGCAUGGGAUAACCAAAAAUAUUCUAUCGUCAAACGUUUCCACUUGUCAGUGUGGCUAAAUCUCAAACACAUGUCCGUGU